AUGGAGAAGAUACAUAUCCGAGCCCUUGAAGCUCUUGAACCGUUCAUCCAUCAGGCCCAGUCGGCGAAUUCCGCACUCCACGCGACCGAAAUCAUCAAGAAUGCCACCUCCGCCCCAAACACAUUCGUAUUCGCAGAGCUGCUGGAAGUCCCAGCUAUCCAAGCCUUGCGUUCGCCGGACACCCCUCAGGAGUACCGCAACCAUCUCAGACUUUUAGAAAUCUUCGCGUGGGGGACAUGGAAGGAAUAUCAAUCAACUCCAAACCUUCCCCCUCUGGACGACAAACAAGCUGAAAAGCUCCUCCUCCUCACCCUCCUAACUCUCGCGACAGCCCACAACCCGCUUACGUACGCAAUCGCUAUGAAAUCCCUAUCCCUCCCCAACCACGCCGCCCUCGAAUCCCUUGUCACACAAGCCAUAUACUCUUCCCUGAUUACCGCCCGCAUCUCACCAGCGACAAACCCUCGAGUCAUCCACGUAACAUCGACAGCUCCGCUCCGCGACGUGCAACCCCAAUCGAUCCCCAUCAUGAUCUCAGUCUUGAAAGAAUGGCGGGGGCGAUGUUCUGAUGUGAUAGGGAAUAUAGAAGCGGAGAUUGCCAGGAUAAAAUCCGAAGCUGAGAAGCGGAGAGCACGGGAGAAGAUUCGGGCCAGUCGCGUGGAGAGGAGCGUUGCUGGCUGGGAUGGUGAGGAUGGCGGCGGGACGUCCGGUGGUACUGGGGGUUCUGGGACAGGUGCGGGUGCAGGUGCAGGUGCAGGUUCGAAACAUUCACUACCGUUCUCAGGCGGUGGUCGGGUUCCCGGUCUCCGCCCACAGUUUUCUGGAACGUCGAGCAGCGGUGCCAGCGGGAAUAAACGGGAUCUCAAUGAUUUCGAUGACGAUGGUAGAUAUCCGGGUCAUGGGGACAUGGAAGUUGACGGAGCGGGCGCGGAUGCUGAUGAAGGGUUUGAUGGAAUAGGUGAAUCUACGCGACAGUCGAAGCGUCUCUUGGCUUUGGGGAGCCGAUAG